AUGGCUGGUGUACCUGCUUCCGGCGCCGAUCAGUCACCACCUCAAUCCACGGUGGUCCGGCAGCCGACGAUGAUGCUUGAUAGUGGUUCAACGUCUUCCCGUAAUUUACUUGGUGAUGCGCGACCUUCACGUUUGGUUGAGCAAGAAUUGGACGGUGAUAAUGUUUUUAUUAAUCCGGAAUAUUUGAGGGGGAGUUCGUCGGAUACUUUGGGUCGUGGUCAUCGUGAGAAACGUCCUCCUUCGUGGCAUCGGAAUUAUGUUACUCACAGUCUAGAGCGUAGUGGCACAUGGACCGUUGAGGAUCUUCCUCCCGGUAAGAAGGCUAUUAGUAGUGGUUGGGUGUAUAAAAUCAAGUACACCGACAAAUCAAAGGUGGAACGUCUCAAAGCUCGUUUAGUGGUUCAUGGCAACCGACAGGUUGAAGGUGUUGACUAUAAUGAGACGUUUUCUCCAGUUGCAAAGAUGGCUACGGUACGUGUUUUAAUAGCUGUUGUUGUGUCAUUGAAUUGGGAGUUACAUCAUAUGGAUGUCCAUAAUGCUUUUCUUCAUGGUGAUUUGGAUGAAGAAGUGUAUAUGCAGUUUCCUCCAAGGUACGGUACUCCGACACCUGGCAAAGUUUGCAGGUUGCGGAAAUCUUUAUAUGGCUUGAGACAAGCCCCGAAACAGUGGUUUUCAAAGUUGUCGAGUGCUCUCCGAGGCAUCAAGGUUGCUCGGAGUCUAGAGGGCAUCUUUCUUUCUCAACGAAAGUAUGCUCUGGAUAUUUUGACUAAGGCAGGAAUGUUGGAUUGUAAACCCAUUGAUACUCCAAUGGACCAGAAUCAUUGUCUUGCACAUGCUUCUGGUGAACCGUUCGCUCAACCGGAACGGUAUCGUCGUUUUGUUUCUCAUUGGGAUGCGGCCAUUCGUGUCUUGCGCUACCUUAUGGGUAGUUCGGGACAAGGUAUUUUGUUGCGACCUACGACGGAUUUACGCUUGACGGCGUUUUGUGAUAGUGAAUGGGCGGCGUGCCCUUUGUCUUGGCGUUCUUUGUCAGGUUAUUUUGUUUUCUUAGGUCGUUCUCCUGUUUCUUGGAAGACUAAGAAAUAG